CUGUCAUUUUGGAAGAAAAGUGAUAGCUAUUUUCCUGAUUUGGGUGUCGAAAGGCCGCGGUGCAUUUUACUGUGGAAAUUAGGUUUUAAAAUAAACUUCGGCUGCCUGAGAACCGGAAUCUACGCACGGAAGGAUACAUUUUAUCGGUCGCCCUUGUGAAGCACUACCGCUAGCGACGAGCUAACGAUGCUCGAGCAACUGCAGGAACAGGGCUGGUACCUUCUACCGGCGGGACUUGAGCGAUUGCUAGAAGGAACAAAUGGUUCGAAUAUCGACGUGAAACAGGCUAUCAAAUUGGCACUUGAUACCGACUUGAGGGAAAUCGGAGGUGGUGCUUUUGGAUCUCUUUCAUCCCGUGGUAACAAAGCUGACACGAUCGAAGGCAAAAUUGUGGUGCAAAUUUUGAAGAUUCGUAACAUUUCCGCUCCGAAAGCUAACGAAGAAUCAAAGGCGGCACCACGUUUACUGAAGCUGACUCUUACCGAUGGCCAAACGCAGUAUUCAGCUCUGGAAGGAGAACAUGUAUCUUCAAUCAGCUUGGAUACCCCACCAGGAACGAAAUUAUACCUGAAGAAUGGACCGAUCAAAAUAUCUCAGGGAUUGUUGAUUCUGAACGCCAAUUGCGUCUCCGUACUAGGCGGAAAAGUACCGGCUUUGGUAGAAAAAUGGCAACUUGGUCGAACUAUGGCAAAGUAUGCCAAAGGUGGGAGACUCCAGUUCAGUGCUUCAGGGCCGCCUCCAUGGAUUGCAUUUGGGCAGAAAAUUCAGCAGAAUUUGCCACAUGAUAAGAACUUUAAGAGCUUACAAACCAAGGAAAAGGACGAAUCCAAGGAGAAUGCUGAAUUUAAUGCUCUCCGAAAUGACGCCAUUGCCGAAGCAACCAAGUUGGGCACAAGAAAAACUUUUGGAGGAGGAGCAAAGCAGAUGGUUGACGCCAAUGUGCAGAAGAUCAUGGACAAAGGUUUCACUGAAGAUCAAGCAGUUCACGCUUUGAAACUGACUCGAAACAAUGUACAUCGGGCUUUGAGCAAUCUUCAAAGGAUAGAAGAGAGAAAACAGACACAAAAUGAAAUAAACACUGGUUCAUUUGAACCACCACAAAAACCUGGAAAACGUGAGCUAAGAGGAAAGCGUGAGUCUGAAUUAGAACUAACAUCCAAGCCUUCCGCUAAAGUAUCGCUGUUUGAUUACUUGGAGGAUAUUCUUCCAGAAAGCGACACUUCAAACAAAAAGAGUACUAGCAAGGAGUCUACACCAAUCACUGGAAAAGAGAAUAGAGCUGUGACAGAGAACUACUCAAAUAAACAAUCUUCCUACAAUUCUUACGGGAGUAUUCGACAAACAAAUCCCGCAUCUGGUCAGCAACUAUCGAGUCAGUCGAAUUCAUCGUCACAAUACAACAGUUCGAAUAAAGGCUAUAAUCAGCGAUUCGAAAACAACAUCUCAAGUAGUUUUGCGAACAGAAAUUCCAGCAUAGGCUCCGGUAACCGUAAUUACAAUCAACAGCCACCACAGCAACAAUCAUAUCAGCAGAACUCUAGUGCAUCUGCUGGUUACAAAUCGCACGACUACAAUAACAGCCGGUAUCGAGGGCCACCAAAUGACACCAACGGUAAUCAUGCCAAUGAGGCACCUCCGCGAGGUAGACAGGACUCGAAAUUCAACCAAUCUCAUUCCUCCUACAAUCCUCACUCGCAUCAAACGCAACAGCCGCAGUAUCGAAGUGAUAAUUACAACAACAACAAUCUCAGUACUGGCGGGCGUGGCCAGAAAUACGACCCAAACACGAACAGUAGUGGGAAAGCUCAAUCAACCAAUGCCAAUUAUAACUACGGUCAUUCUGAGAACAGAGUAUCUCAAGGGUACGCUGGCCAAGGCGAUUCCAGGAAAUAUCCAAAUGGACCAUCUAACCACUACCACCACCAACAACAACAACAGCAGUCUCAGCCACAGUCAUCGUACCAUUCUGGUGGCAAACAGGUACAGGGAUACAACGUUAGCAAUAGUAAUGCUAGUAUCCAGCCUAUCUCCCAAGUGAGCAAUCACUACGGGCAACCAAGUCAACAUGCAGCUGGUAGCAACAGCACGGACAAUGGUCCCAACGUAAAGCCACAAAAAGGAAGUAGAUACGGUAAUAAGGAGGAACCACAAAAGUUUGCUGCUCCUCAGACGAACCCAACUCCAGCGCAAGGGAGAAAACAACCACCAAAAGGUCAACAACCACCGGGUACCGUUGCUCCAUCCACGCUUGCAGCUCAACCACCUUUCGUGUCCGCAGCCAAGCAACCCAGUACGACGCCUACAGGAAACAAUGGCAAAAUGGCGCAACUAACGGAGGCCACUGCUAACCUGCAAGUGAGCAACAAACCAUUCACCACUACUAAUCCCCAGAUAAUGAACGCUCCAAAGCCACAUCAAGGUUCCAUGGGUAGUGGUUUGACGGGUCCCACACCUCCACCGCCAACAACACCUACAACCCCAUUGGUACCAAAGAACUUUAUUCAACUGCCGAAUGGAUUCAACUACAAUCCUUAUCAGAUCAUGGGUUUUCAAAAUAAACAAACCAACGAAUUUGCGUUAAAUGUGCUCAAAAGCCAGCAAUUUGAUGCAAUCCAAUCUGCACAUCUGGCAACGCAACAGCCAGGAGGACCGCCUGGCGUUGCAAUCCCUCCUUCCGCAGCUGUGGUACCACAAGUUUUGGCAGCGACACCUACCAGAUCAGUCGCAGUACCAGUUCAUCCUACUAUGCAACAAACAGCGACGUCUGGCGUGCCGAAUUGGAAAGUAGGCGACCGAUGUCUUUCUAAAUAUUGGGAAGAUGGUGGUUUCUACAAUGCUGAAAUAACUGCAAUCUCUGAAAAUACCUUCGUCGUGUGUUUUCUUGAGUAUGGUAACUACGAAGAGGUUCUCAAAACUGAUUGUAUCCCACUGACUCAGGCUACGGCACCGUCACCUGGUCAUCCACCGCUGCAUGGUCCACCACCUCCUACGACCAUGGGCUUCCAUCCAUCGGCAACCCCUCAUAUGCCGCCACCGGGUGCUUCUAUGAUGCCUCACCCACCACCUACCGGUGCUUAUCCCGGCCAGGGAAUGGAUAAUCAACUUGGACAACACUAUACCCACGGUUAUAAGCCACAACCCAGUCAGUAUCAACAUCACGCACUGUCACACCAACAGCAGCAAAGGCCUUCUAAAUUUCGAGAACAACGGCCAAUGUACGUUCCACCAGCACAACGGAAAUAAUCCUUCUUUACCGUGAUGGACAAACAAAUGAAUUCGCAAACACGUUAGACGUGUUUACCAAUGUUGUCCACAUGGGAGAAACACAGUACACUUUAGGUGCAAAAGAUCACCCAUCACGUUCGACAUCAUUGAAGAAAUUCUCUCUAGAGGUCUAGUAAUUCGCUUUUCGUGUAAUUGUUUCAUUAACUGCGAAUCGUUGUUGUGUCCAAAGAAGUUGUGGCAUGGAAAUGAAUAAAAAGAUGAAAGGACAAAUUCAUAUAUUACAAUAUUUUCGUACUGAUUUUCUUGUUUCUUUCUAUGAGAUCGUUAAAUUUUUGGAUGAAAAGUAGGGAAAAUGGUUUAUAUCGGAACAUAAUUGGAGAAAAGUGUACGUGAUUUUUGGCAUGAUAUGUUUGUGUUAUAGAUUUCCUUCGGGGCUAGUAAGAAUUCGAAAAGAAGGAAACCACAUCUGUCACGGUUCUGCUGCACUUGCAGGCAAACCGCAGAAGAAAAAAACUAGACCAUAGUGAACGUAAAAACAUUUACCAAUUACGUUGUAUUUAAUAUAUAUGAGAAUAAAUCUUUUGAUUGAA